AUGGUAGGUUGAAGCUACCCAAUUUUUGUACUCCCAAGUUAUGACGCAAAGACUUCAACUCCGCAUUGUGGAAAUAAUGUUAGAGUAAAAUCCCCACAUUAUUAACAUUUAAGUCAUAAUUUCCUUUCUGCAUCCAAACGGACGUGUUUUGUUGGAGUAUUUUUUGGCUAGCUAAAUCCCUUGUGAUGUAACAGACUGUAACAUAUUGGUAGUUGUUAUUGACCAUGCAUAUUGCUAUUAUUUUAUAAUGAGAGAGGGGUGAAAGAGGGAGUGAGAGAGGGAGGAUAUCUGUUUAGUGGUUUAGUGAGGAGGAGGAGGAGGAGGAGGGAGGAGGAGAAAGAGGAGGAGGAGGCGUAAGUGGAGGAGGAGGAGGAGGAGGAGGAGGAGGAGGGAGGAGGCGUAAGUGGAGGAGGAGGCGUAAGUGGAGGAGGAGGAGGAGGAGGUUUCAGUCUCUUUGUAGUGAAGCUCAACCCCAGAGGUGUGAGAGGUUGCAGAGAAAUGAAAGAGACUGAUCUGAACUUAUCUGCUCUGUCCGUUGACUUUCAGGCUAUACUUAAUUUCAGCCCCAACAGGAUUUGAACCCAAAGUUCUGUAAGCUCUGACAGCUGGGUUUAAGACUUGCAUUUAUAUAAUAUAGUACUUUUCUCAAUGUCAUAGCUUUAUAAUUCACUCAUUGGAUAACUCAACUCCAAAUGUCCUCAGUAGCAUAGUUACUAUGCUAAAGUAUGAUGAUUCACUGGGCAUAGUUUUGCACAAUCACUGGAUGUGUUCGUUUUGCAUCAUAAAGUUUGUACAUUUUAGACCAUACCAUUGGUCCACUCACCUGGGGUAUUGGGAAAUGUUAAACUAGCGCACCCACUGUUUCUCGUUUUCCGGUCAUCCACACGUUAGUUAGACAUUAAACCCUUCCCUUCCUCUCCUCUCCUCCAAUAGGACUUCACCAUGACCCUGUACCUGAGACACUAUUGGAAGGACGAGCGCCUGUCCUUCACCAGCUCCACCAAUAAGAGCAUGACAUUUGACGGGCGUCUGGUCAAGAAGAUCUGGGUUCCCGAUGUGUUCUUUGUCCACUCCAAGAGAUCCUUCAUCCAUGACACCACCACAGUCAACAUCAUGCUCAGGGUCUUUCCCGACGGACACGUCCUGUACAGCCUGAGGUGGAGCUGGGAUGCUUUGGGGACUAGGGGUUGCAAAAUUCCCAUGUUUUCUAGAAAUCCUGGUUGGAAGAUUCCCAGAAUCAGAAGUAGCAGGAAAUCCAGAAACCUCCAAGCAGGAUUUUGGGAAAACCUAGGCAUUUUUGGAAAGUUAUCGGAAUUUUGCAACCUUACUCGUGACGUUGUGCGGGUCAUUCUUUGUCAUGCAGUGUUGGGAUCAAUUCAGAUUUCAAUUAACUUUCUAAAUUGACGGAUGCUAGUGCUGGGCUGGAACAAAAGCCUACACACACUGCUCCAAAGUGAUUGACUCCUGAUAUUGUCAAUACUGGAAUGAUGUACUUAGCUGUUGACGUAAGAAUUUUAAAUGUAUUCAGUUUGGAAUAUUAAUAGUAUCCUAACUUUUUAUACUAAAUAUAACAUGGUUCUGUUCAGGAUGUAGGUAGGCUGACACCUAGACAAGAAGAUUAAUUUGCAUUUUGCUCCUGUUGUUUGUUAAAAUUAGAAAUGUGCUUCUGGCUGGUGAUGUUUUUUUUUUUUUAUAUGUUUUUGAAAACUAGGCCAAAAUGUGAAGGUACUACUAAGUUGUUGUUUAAUGCCAGAUAGUUUGGCCUUUUAUGCUGCUCAAAGUCAUUCACCAGACAAUGGAUGCACGAAUUGUGUUUUAAUGGGUUGAGAACACGCUCAUUGUUAUUCAUGACAGUGGCCCUGUUUUUCACAUGGUCUACUACAUACAGUUAUAGUCAGUGGGGAAGUUUUGAAUUGGUGUGUGUGGAACAGUAAGGACAACAGAUAGGACCAACUUUAUUUGGUGUUGUGAACAGGUGAUUCAGUGUAGCGAGUCUGCACUCCCAAAUAAUUCGAUUUUCAAAGUUAUUUGAUGCUAUUUAUUUAUUUCAGAAGGCAGAAAGAGCCAAUAAUAUCUACAAUAACGUAAUGUUAUGUGUUGUAAGGCUCAUGGAGGAAUCUUAAAGAUGUUGAUGUCACAUCAUGGAUCUGUGUUGUCCUUACUGUACAGGGUGACAGUGACCGCAGCCUGCAACAUGGACUUCAGCCGCUUCCCUUUGGACACCCAGUCCUGCUCCCUGGAGCUAGAGAGCUGUGAGUAGGCUAACUUUCAGAAUUUAAUAGAAAUUCUUCAUUGUCCUUAAAUAAAUAUGUCAGGGCAUACUAUUUUGUAUUUUUUAGUCUACAGUAUACACAAACAGAACAGUAUUAUUGAGAAUAUCUAAAUGUUUUUAAGCUUUAUGUAGAUAGUGAAGAAUUAGAUGGGGAGACAGGCAAAGAGUAGAGACCCACAGACGUCAAUUUCAUUGAAAUGACGUGGAAACAACAUUGAUUCAACCAGUGGGGAAAGUCAGAAAGGCUAAGGCAGGGAUUGAACUCAGGACCAUCGGGGUUAUACAUGUGCGCUUCCUGCUGGGGGUGUUAACACUGGCCACACAGGCACCACAUUUAUCUCUAAUAUUGGUUGUGCCCCCCAGAUGCGUAUACGGAUGAGGACCUGAUGCUGUACUGGAAGAGUGGGGAUGAGUCCUUGAGUACGGAUGACCGUAUCUCCUUGUCUCAGUUCCUCAUCCAGAAGUUCCACACCACAUCUCGGCUGGCCUUCUACAGCAGCACUGGUAAUAAUCACCAUAGCCAUGUGAGAAUCACAUAUACCCAGCAAAAUUCUGGUAACCUUCCCAAAAUUCCAAGGUUUUCCAGAAAUCCUUGGUUGGAAUCCUCCAACCAAAUAUUUAGGAAAAACCAGGGUAUUUUGGAAAGUUAUCGGAAUUUUGCAACCCUACCAGUGAUAUUAUUAUUGAUCCAUACCUACCCAUUGUGUUCAUCCUCCUGUACAGGCUGGUACAACCGUCUCUACAUCAACUUCACCUUGCGGAGACACAUCUUCUUCUUCCUGCUUCAGACCUACUUCCCGGCUACCCUCAUGGUCAUGCUGUCCUGGGUGUCUUUCUGGAUUGACCGCAGGGCCGUCCCAGCUCGUGUCUCCCUGGGUAAGAUGCUAGCGCUAUUAUGGAAGAUCAAUAUUCAGAAGUGUUACAGUUCAUUCUGUUUCUAGUGUUGCUUAAUCCCCUAAUUGCCAGAUGUCAGGCUUUCUGUAGUUUUUCCACAUUGUAUUUCAGAGGUUGGAACAAUAAAGCCAUCUCGGUCAUAUUUAAAGAUAAUUUGAUUAUUUCGCCAGGGUCUGACUCACAUAAAGAAGAGAGCAGACUUGAACUCUUAUUGUUUUCUUCUCCUGUCCCCUGCAGGUAUCACCACGGUGCUCACCAUGUCCACCAUCAUCACUGGAGUCAACGCCUCCAUGCCCAGAGUGUCCUACAUCAAAGCAGUGGACAUCUAUCUAUGGGUCAGCUUCGUGUUUGUCUUCCUGUCUGUCCUGGAGUACGCUGCUGUCAACUACCUGUCCACCGCACAGGACCGCAGGGAACGCAAGAUAAGAGACGAGAUGAGGGAGAGGGCCAGGUCACAGGUAAUGAGAUGCUACCACAGGACUGUGUGUCUAAAACCAUUUUCGAAGAGAAAAUCUGUAUCUCUUGAGAAUACAGUUUGCUCUUCAUUUCAUGCAGUUUGGUUGGAUUAAUAGACACUUCUGACACAUUAUACUUCCUCCCCUCUUCUACGGCCAAAUCUAACACGCCAACACAUUCAUUUUUGGUCAAAUCUCUCUGACAUUAACUCAUGAUUUAAUCAAAAGUUCAAAUUACAGGCUUGCAUCUCAAGUUAGUUUAGUUACAUUUUCCCACAACCUCUGUCUUUCCCUCACCUUCUCUCCUGUCCUGCAGUCGCUGCCCUGCACCUGUGGCAUGUCCCAGACCAGGACCAUGCUAUUAGACGGGACCUACAGCGAGGCGGACACUAAUAGCCUGGCCGGCUACACCUCAGGAACUAUGGGGCCCGAGGAGGACGUGGAGAUGCCCCGCGACAUGAUGACUGAGAAGCAGCCUCCCGGAGAACACACAGUGGUCCACCUGUCUGCCAGCAGCGAGUUGACGACAACCAAGAAGAAAGGCAUCAGGGCCCUCAAUAUUAUCCAGAAUACACACGCCAUCGACAAGUACUCAAGGAUGUUAUUCCCUGGCUCCUAUAUCCUAUUCAACAUUAUCUACUGGUGUUCCUACUGUUUAGGAGCGUAGGGUCUACUGUUUAGGAGCGUAGGGUCUACUGUUUAGGAGCGUAGAGUCUACUGUUUAGGAGCGUAGGGUCUACUGUUUAGGAGUGUAGGGUUUACUGUUUAGGAGCGUAGGGUCUACUGUUUAGGAGCGUAGGGUCUACUGUUUAGGAGCGUAGGGUCUACUGUAUAGGAGCGUAGGGUCUACUGUUUAGGAGCGUAGGGUCUACUGUUUAGGAGCGUAGGGUCUAUUGUAUAGGAGCGUAGGGUCUACUGUUUAGGAGCGUAGGGUCUACUGUUUAGGAGCGUAGGGUCUAUUGUUUAGGAGCGUAGGGUCUACUGUUUAGGAGCGUAGGGUCUACUGUAUAGGAGCGUAGGGUCUACUGUUUAGGAGCGUAGGGUCUACUGUUUAGGAGCGUAGGGUCUAUUGUUUAGGAGCGUAGGGUCUUACUGUUUAGGAGCGUAG